UCUCACAUUCCUUUGAGCGUCAUGGCGUGACGCAAUGUAUGAUAAGUUGCGUCACAGUCACAUGACUUCAGUAAAUGUAGGAACCGCAAAAAUCUUGCUUGAAAAUGUUUCAAACCCUGAUACAGUGAAGAGAAACGUUAUCAAAGUCUCGACAUAUAGCAAGAAGAGGACGCAUGUAAGCUCUUGGGAAAGCUCCAGAAAAGAAGGUGGAUGUGUAGUCCCAAAACCGCGGUGACUCACCUUUUAAACAUAGGUAGCAAUGAAGAGGAAGAAACAUCCCCAAAAAGUGUGUAUUAAAACAUGAAAGAGUAAACUUUUCGCUGGAACAUUGGUUAGUGCUCCCUUUAAAGUUCUAGAAGUUUUUUUCUUUUUUUGGUAUCAGUCUAGAGACACUGCAUCUUCACUGACGAUAAGAAGUGGCGUAUAUUAUAAAUGAAAUCUCCGUGCAAGUUGUGUGUUGUACGUGGUAGAACAAGGACAAGACGCGCAUUCUGCACCAUAGCCUGUGCAUUGUGUAUUGUGGUCUUCGUAUUCUGCGUACGACCUUUGCGAAAUAUACUGACCACUCGGUGGCCGCGCACCUGGCGACAGAUGUCAACCUUUCAGGUGAUCAAAAUGCACAUCAUACAGCGAACUUGGCCGGUGACAUCUAUCAUUCCUGUCCACUGCCCACCGCCAAAUUCUUUACACCGACAGGCAGACGACAGGUCAUACGAAAUCCUCGACCCGUAUGUGCUGAAAGGUCGAGCUCAAGACGAAGCAUUGUUCACGCAUGCGCACCAGUGGGUGAACGCCAACCCCGAGCGCAAGGCUCGCUACUUCCGCUUUCUCCCCCUGAUGACCGUCUUCGACAAGGCGCGGCUGCUGUGCACGUGGCGCGUGUUUGACAACGCUGUCCGAGCUGCCAACCUGUCUUACUUUCUGGUGGAGGGCAGCCUGCUGGGAGCCUAUCGUCAUCGUGGCAUGAUUCCCUGGGAUGACGACAUCGACGUUGCCAUGGACGUUCAGGAGCUGGACAAGAUCCGCCAAGUGUUGGCCUGCAUCCCUGGCUACUCCCUCCGCUUUCAGGACAACAUGCACUGGAAAUUCUUCUCUAGCAACACCUCCAGCAUUCCCAGCUUCUGUCCUGAAAACUUCACCGUUCCAACCACCAGCGACUGUAAUCACAACGGUUGUGACACGAGAAUCGUCUACACUAACUACAGCAGCAACACUAUCCGUUACCCUUUCAUCGACAUCUUUUUGUACACCAGUGACAGCUCAUACACCUGGUCUCUAUGCGACUACGCGAUGAGCACCCAAGCUGUGUCCAAUGGCAUUCUCUUUCCCUUGACGACGACGGCCUUCGAUGGCUUCACUGCCCCCGUGCCCAGGCGGACGAAGGAGUUUCUUGCUCUAGUGUAUGAUCUUGAUAUUUGUUUGUCUCCUUUCCACGACCACCGGAUAGGUCGUGGCAGGACAGUUAGUGAGAUCUCGCGAGUGGAAUGUCGAGAGUUGAAAGACAUGUAUCCUAUGUACAAUGUAGUGUGAUUGAGUGAGCUUGCUUGUGAGAAAUUCUACAGAUUGACUGUUUAGUCCUGGCUUAGUAGUUGUGGUGAUUAGGACUUCGUGUGAUCUAUGUUAUAACUUAUAUGGACGUCAUCUACGACAUUCUUUUCCUAUAUGUUUACUCUCUAUUAAGAUCCCUUUGACUCUCGGCAGACCACACCAUUUUUGUCUCCAUCAUGUCUUUUCGUUGGGCUUAAGUCACUUGGUGGCGCCUAUCUGCUCUCCACGCCCCAACACAUCCAGUUACCGUCCACGUGUCCGCCUUGGAUGCAGACAGGUAGACAGAGGUCCCAGGCUAGUAUUCCCGACGUAGUCAUUUUUGCGCAGAGAGCCAUUGCCAUGGACGGUGAGCAAAGUCUUUCACCCAGAUGCCAUUUUACCAUUUUGCUUUUCUGUCGUGGUUUGCUGCAUUAACCAUCGUCUUUUCUAUGAUUGCCCGCAAGACAGCAGGACCAGUGCGCCAGGCUGCGAACACGUGACGCUACCUGUAGAGCGGAUCCGUCCUCCGGAGAAGACUGAGGGUCCAGUUGGUAGUCAUGGUCGUUAAUUUACCGUAGUAAGCUUACGCCCAGAGGUCAUGUAAAGCAUCCCGUUUUUCUAUUGGGGCUUUGUCCCUUAGUCUGAGCCUUCUGGCAGUAUCCACAAGGCUUGUAAGUCUUUAAGUGGCAGUGGAGAUCUAAUACUGCUGAUUGCAAUAAGUAAAUGAUGUGUACGACGACAUCAAUGCCAAGGAACUACUUCCUGAUGAGCUCAGUUUUGGUUUUAAUAAUAGGUUUAACUGUGGGUAUGAUUGUGGGACGCUAAAGUAUCAAAACAUAAAAGAAGCAGUAAAAACGUAUCAAGAAAAAAAAUAAUUUUUGGCUUUAUUAAGAGGAUGAACGACAGAUAUUGCCAUCAGGGUACGUGUUCAUUGUUUGUCGGUACUACGUGGUUAGCUACAAGUUUUGUU